AUGAAGUAUGUUCAGGGAAAAAGACUUAAGCUUUCAGCUGCCUGUGAUAAUUGUAAAAAAAGAAAAGUCAAAUGCGACCGGGGCCAACCUUGUCUUUCAUGUGUGAAGCAUAAAAUCGGACAUUCAUGCACUUAUAAAAGCGAUGACUGCUGCUCGACGAAUGAUAGUGUGCCUGCUCAUAUGUCUAAACUCUCUGAAACAAAUCAAAGCAGUUUUAAUCAUGUCACCGAAGGAAAUAUUAGUAUUUAUGGUUUGGGUGAAAAUUCUCAAUUAGCAAAUGAUGGAGCUUUGUCACAUUUAAAUACCAAGAAUUCGGAAUCGGCAGAGCCAGCAACGAUACUCGAGCUGAUGCGGCCCCAGACGGCUGCUAUAUUUGUCUUGAGAAUGAUAACACAAAGAAUCCAUGAGCUCGAAAAGUCGAUAGAAGGGAAAGGGCCUAUGGAUGAUACCAGGUCAUGCUGGGGCCUGACAGAACCCGCAAAAAAUCUGACUGGUAUCAAGGAAUCAGCUCGAGUAUAUGCGCAAGAAACGAAAGCUGGUAUUCAAACCAUUGGAGCUAAUAUCGUAGGAUCACCAAAUGAUGUGAUUAAUUUUUAUCAAGGAUAUACUCCAAUCUUUGAAAAGUUUCCAAUGAAGCGACACAGCCAUGGUCCAUUUUCGUGGAUGUCUUUAUUAAAAAAAGACAAUUACUUUCAUUACCUUUGGAAAUACUUGGAUGCGAAUACAGAUUCCGGUUUAUGGGCAGAUAUCUUAGCGAAGUUCAAACAAAAAAGGAAGGAUGCUGGAGAAGAUGACCAAGAGUUCGAAGAAAGGGCCAUGGAGAAGGACGGAUUGAUUUAUAUGAAACCAUAUGAAAGAAUAGUUGCUAACAUAAAAAGGAAGAAGAGGGCUGUCGAGACAUCAAGUCCCUCCAUUGGUCGAGCUCAAAGGAAUUUCCAGUUCAACGGAACAAGCAAGCUUUCGUACUUAGAGAUUAGAAUAGAGAGAGAGCUACAACUCAUUGAAGAUAUACGAUACAUUCUACCUCCAAGAAGAGUGAUAUGGAUGCUAAUUGAUAUUUUUUUUUCUCACCUUUAUGCAUUUUUUCCUUUUCUUAAUGAAAUAGAUUUUAAAAGUUCUGUCAGUGGUAUCAUUGGUCCGGAAGACUAUUCUGAGAAAGCCGAAAUGCAAUAUAGAAUAGAGAAGAGGUUGGAUCUAGCGCUGGUUGGAAUUAUGCUCAUCGUGUUGCGUCUAAGCUUCUUGGCGCUAAGUUCUAUUAAAGAAGAACGUAAAAAUGAUCAUGAAAUAGGCAAAGGCAAGACAAAUCGAGCUUUGAAAGAUGACGAUAUUGUAAUUCUCUCGAAAUAUCCCAUAGAGAGUGAUCUGAUUUUUUUGGCGCAAAAUUGCUUUGACCAGUUUCAAGUUCAAAAUCAUUUCAACUUUACAAUUUUUCAAUUGGCAUUCUUCUUGAGAGUUUAUGGAAGCGUUGCACCAGAGAAUGGCGAUGGAAUAGAUACAAGUGAGGCCCAGUUGAGCAAUGGGCUCCUUAUUCAAAUGGCCUACUAUAUAGGGAUUCACAGAGAGCCUGAUCAAUUCAUGGACGUUUGUUCAGACAAAAAAGUAAACUGUCUAGCACGGAAGAUGUGGUACUUUUUGGUUCAAAAUGAUCUAUUUAAUGCAUACUCAUUUGGAAGCUCUCCUCUAAUUUCGAUUGACCAAUUUGAUACGAAGCUUCCUUUUGUAGACAAGGAGGUUUGCAAUACUAACGACUCUAAAGUCGAGGAGAUUAUAUGUAGUUGCUAUGAAAUGAGCCAGAGCUUUUAUGAACCAAUGAGGAAAAUAUUGGAUAUAUCAUUGAAGAUAAAUGGAAGGGUACUAGUUAGUGAUUUUGUUUUAGGCUUAAAUGAAAUCGAAUUAUUACUUGAAAUCAAUUUUGGCUCAUUGCAGAGUUUUUUAACUCCUUUUGAACCAGAGAAGGACUUGACUCCAGUCUUCAGAGUUACUAAACUUAAGAACUACCUUUCGUUAAAGACGUUCUGUGUAUCAUCCUAUUUCCACCUUUUUCUAUAUUACGAGGAUAUAAAUACGGAGGUGGCCUUCUUCUAUUUCAAAAAAAUUUUUACCGUUGCCAUAAAUGACCUAACAAAGUGGUUUCCAAUUCUCAUUAAGAACAUGGAACUCUACUUUGGAGCUGUAUCUGGAAUUGCACUAUACCCCGUGAUUCAACUGACUCUUCACAGAAUUAAUAAAAUCAUCAUCUUAUAUUUGCUAAGAACCAACGUUACAAUAUAUGAUAUGGAAAGACUGUAUUCACAUAAAGUUAAGAUCAAGUCAAAUCUUUUUUACAGAGAUCAGUUCAACUCUUUAUGCAAUCUUUCCAUAGUCUUGCGCAAAUGUGUUGAGACUGGCGUUUCUCUUAUAGCUACGAUAAGUAACUGGUACUUCCUUGCUUGGAAAGUUCUAAGGACGCAAUCGCUGUUUUUGAAGAUAUUGGGAGAAAAAAGCAUCUAUGAGGAUGUCCUUGUAAAAAAACCUUUACAAAAAACUUUCCAUGUAUUUUCAAAAAGUCAGCUUGAUGAUAUAAGUGAAAUAUGCUUAAAAAUUAUAACAAAAGAAGAAAACUCAGCGGAGGGAAAUGAAGGCCCUGACUUGGAAAGCCCAAAUCAGAGAGAGACAAUUUUUGUUGAUCGGAUUUCAUCACCAAAUAUAGAUUACACUAGUUCCAGUGGUACUUCAAACGCCUAUUCACCUUUUGAAAAAAGCGAUUUUCAGGUACCGUCCGUUGAAUCGAUUCUAUUUUCCAAUGAAAACAUCACUUAUGAUAACAAUAACUAUGAUUAUCUUUGGACCGAGUCGGUUUUCAAAAACCUUGAAGAUAGUAUUGACAUAUUUGAAAGAUUUAAUGAAAGCCCAGGUGGCCUGCUUUGUGAUCCAGAAUGA